AUGAACGGCUACGGCUCCCCCUACCUGUACAUGGGCGGCCCGGUGUCGCAGCCGCCGCGGGCGCCCUUGCAGCGCACGCCCAAGUGCGCGCGCUGCCGCAACCACGGCGUGCUGUCCUGGCUCAAGGGCCACAAGCGCUACUGCCGCUUCAAGGACUGCACCUGCGAGAAGUGCAUCCUCAUCAUCGAGCGGCAGCGGGUCAUGGCCGCGCAGGUGGCGCUGCGCCGGCAGCAGGCCAACGAGAGCCUCGAGAGCCUCAUCCCGGACUCACUGCGCGCCCUGCCCGGACCCCCGCCGCCGGGGGACGCCGCUGCCGCCCCGCAGCCGCCGCCGACCUCGCAGCCGUCUCAGCCGCCGCCGCCGCCACCGCGGCCCGUCGCCGAGCUGGCUGCGGCCGCCGCGCUGCGCUGGGCCGCGGAGCCCCAGGCCGGGGCGUUGCAGGCGCCCCUCGCCAAGCCAGACUUGACCGAAGAGCGGCUGGGGGACAGCAGCUCGGCCGACAACACGGAGACCUUCAGCGACAAAGACGCGGACCAGAGGAGCUCCCCAGAUGUGGCCAAAAGCAAGGGCUGCUUCACCCCGGAGAGCCCCGAGAUCGUGUCCGUGGACGAGGGGGGCUACGCGGUGCAGAAAAACGGAGGCAACCCGGAGAGUCGCCCGGACAGCCCCAAGUACCACGGGGAGCAGAACCACCUGCUGAUCGAGGGCCCCUCGGGGACCGUGUCCCUGCCCUUCAGCUUGAAGGCCAACCGGCCGCCCCUGGAAGUGUUGAAAAAGAUCUUCCCCGCCCAGAAGCCCACGGUGCUGGAGCUCAUCCUGAAGGGCUGCGGCGGGGACCUGGUGAGCGCCGUGGAGGUCCUGCUGUCCAGCCGCUCCUCUGUCGCCGCGGCCGCCGCGGACCGGGCCGCCGAGCCCGAGGGGCUGGUGCUGCCCUCCAACGGCCACAUCUUUGAACACAGCCUGAGCUCCUACCCCAUCUCCUCCUCCAAGUGGUCCGUGGGCUCGGCCUUCAGGGUCCCGGACACGCUGAGGUUCUCGGCCGACUCCAGUAACGUUGUCCCCAACCCCUUGGCCGUGCCCCUGCAGCAUCCUUUCCCCCAGCCGCCCCGCUACCCGCUGAUGCUGCGGAACACUUUGGCCAGGAACCAGUCGAGCCCCUUUUUGCCCAACGACGUGACCCUGUGGAACACCAUGACCCUGCAGCAGCAGUACCAGCUGCGGUCCCAGUACGUGGGCCCCUUCCCCGCCAACUCGGCCGGCGUCUUCCGGAGCUCGCCCGUCCUCCCCGCGCGCGCCCCCGAGGACCCCCGCAUCUCCAUCCCCGACGACGGCUGCCCGAUCGUGGCCAAGCAGCCCCUCUACGCCGAGGAGGACUACGACGAGAGGUCCGACUCCUCAGACUCUAGAAUACUCAACACGUCCUCCUAA